ACAUGGCGCUAAUUAGCAUAAUUAGCAGGGGCUCGCCCUCGAGCAAAUUCGCUGGGCGAGGUUUGUGUGUGCAAAAGUAGGAGAAAACUUUCGAUUUGCCUGGAUCUCCUGUCCGGUGGCUGGCAGCCGUCUUUGCUGCUGCAUUGCGAACCAACUGAGCGGAGCUGCCUCCCGUUCUCUGUCUCUCUCCAAUAUGAAGACCAUGAAGAGAAUUCAGAGGAUUAGACAGCAAGGCCUGGAACUAGUGGGAAGGGGAGACAAGAGCGAUGCACUCACAGAGAACCUCGUACAGAUUGAACGUAAGGUGGAGGGUAUCAGGAACGGUGCUUACGUGACUCACAAAAAGCUGUUGUCCAGUCUCCAAGGAUCAGGAGCCACGAUGGAGAAACAUACCAAAAGGCUUCCCAUCUACGCAGUGGGAUCUAGUCUGAAGGAGGCUGGGCUGCAGCUUUGUAGCGCUGAUAAUAAGUCGGCCUUCGGUCAGAUUCUGGAGAUGGCGGGACAAGCCGAGCAGGAAAUGGCCUCCCAAAUUGCCCACUAUGAGAUAAUGCUCUCCAAUGACGUCAUUAACCCCCUCAAUACCAUGCUAGAGGAUGACACGAAGAAGGUGGACAAGACAAGGAAAAGGCUGCAGAAGGCCAGAUUGGACAUGGACAGUGCUCGAGGAAGACUGCAGGCGGCUGAGAAACAGGCAGAGAAGUCGAACCGGGAGUACCAGAUGGGGAAGAUCGACACACUCAAGUCAGAUGUGGACGAGGUGACCAAGAAGUUUGAGGACUGUCAGGAUGCCUACGCCACGGAGCUGUUCACCUUCAUGAGCAGAGAGCAGCUGUACACUGAGAAACUUCUGGAUUUUGUGCGGAAGCAGGUGUCGAUGUUGAAACAAGGAGUGGCCAGUCUCGAGGGAAUGCUCCCUACUAUUGAGAAGAAAAUGAGUAGUAAU